AAGGUGUGCAAAAUAACUGGCGAAGCAAUGAUUGUAAAUCGUAAUUGCACCUAAUUUCAAAAGUACCGCCUGUAGCAAUUCAAGUUUAGCGCCAUCUAGCGAGGAGAGUUGUAGUCUUUUGUACCCUGUAAACAGUUGUGAUUAGCACAAUGGGUAAAAUAAUGAAAGCUGGCAAAGUCGUGCUGGUCCUCAGCGGACGGUACGCGGGCCGUAAGGCCGUAGUUAUGAAGAACUAUGACGACGGCACCUCGGACAAGCAGUACGGACACGCUUUAGUCGCGGGCAUCGACCGGUAUCCCAGGAAGGUUACGCGAAGAAUGAGCAAAGCCAAAAUUCACAAGAAGUCCAAAAUUAAGCCCUUCAUUAAGAUUGUCAACUACAAUCAUUUAAUGCCGACACGUUACUCAGUGGAUGUCGCCGCUGAACAGAAAGUGACACCUAAAGACCUUAAAGAUCCAAUGAAACGUAAGAAGGUACGUUUCCAAAUACGUGUGCGAUUCGAAGAACGAUACAAGCAAGGUAAAAACAAAUGGUUUUUCCAAAAGUUAAGGUUCUAAGUCUUGUUGUAACGUAUUAUAAAUAAAUACAUAAUUGACAUCAG